UACAUUCAUCCUUAAAUAAUGGGCUUACAGCAGCAGGAGGUUUGCAUAUAUAUAUAUAUAUAUAUAUAUACACGACACGGCGCCUCAGAUAGUGAAAGACUGCCGAGGCGUCCUCCGAGUCUUCAGCGAUGGCUCAAUCGUGCGAUCCGCGGAGCGGAGUUUCCCCGUGACCGUGGAUGACGAUGGCUCGCUCAGCUAGGAGAACCUCGCCUUCAACCCGACCCACUCCCUUCAACUCCGCCUCUACAAGCCUCGCGGGACCCCGGCGGACAGCCUGCUUCCCCUCGUCCUCCACUUCCACGGCGGCAGAUUCUGCAUCGGGUCCUUCACGUGGCCCAAUUUCUGCCUCCGAUUUGCAUCCACCCUCCCGACGAUCGUCGCCGCCGUGGACUAUCGCCUUGCUCUGGAGUACCCGCUCCCGGCGGCGAUCUACGACACCUUCGCCGCGGUCGACUGGCACCCCCGUCUCGUCGGCUCGAUUGCGGAUCUCCGGCUCGGGAGACUCCGCAGGGGCAAACAUCACCCACCACCUGGCGGUCGGGCUGGCCGGAAAGGGCCUCUCUCCGGUGACCGUGCGAGCGUUCGUCGUCUUGAUGCCGUUCUUCACGGGCGAGGAGGGAACAGCGUCGGAGAGGGAGUGCCCGGCGACGGCUUUCCUUAACCUGGAGGUCAACGAUCGGUACUGGAGGGUUGCGCUGCCACGAGGCGAGACGCGGGACCAUCCGGUGGCGAACCCGUUCGGGCGGCGGAGCGCGGACCUUGGUCCGGUGGAGCUCGGCCCGAUUCUAGAGGUGGACUACGCUCGGGGGCUAGAAAGGAUGGGCAAGCGCGUGGAGCUCGCUGAGUUUGAGGGAGAGCAGCGUGGGUUCUCCACCGUCGAGCCUAACUCGAUGGCCGCCCGCGCGCUCUUGGAUCGGGUCCAGCACUUCGUGAAUGAGACUUCUUGAUAUGG